AUGAUGUUAAUUAUCAGUCUUUUCCGUGUUGCGGCUGUAUUCCACAUUUUUGCGAAAGGAGUACAAAGUACGAAUGAUGAUUCACCAAAGUAUCAAUGGAAAGCUUUGAUUGGUUCGUUUGCUAGUUCUGACUCUAGCUCAGAGUCUGAGACCUCGCCGCGAUACCACAAAACUCCAGAGACUGGUUUGAAAAGCAUUUUACCGACGAUUCCGCUAACAAUAAAAGCAGCUUUUCACGACAAUGCCGUUCGAGAUCCUUUCAAAAAUCCUGAGGAGAGCCAUUCCACCAAAUUUUCUAGGAAGGAGAGACACAAAAAAAGAUAUCUCAACGCAAAAAAUGAUCCUGUGAAGUGGAAAGUGGUACAAGAAAAAAGUAAAGCUCGUUAUCUCAGAUCAAAAGAAUUGGAGAAUGAAAUGUUAGAAAAAUUACCAAAAGAAGAAAAAGAAGCUUACAUCAACCAACGCACGCAAAAACGCACGAUGUACAGUAGAGUUCAUCGUCAACGACAGUACAAUAAAACACAAAAUCUUCCUACCAAUGAACGAUUAGUAGAGAUUGCGCGGCAAAAAAAAUUAAAGCAACAACAUUAUCAGAGAUUCAAAGCCAAAAAGCAAGCAAAACAGGAAGGAGAGCAGCAUUUAUGA